ACAAUUGCCGCGGCCGCCACCGCCACCACACAAAUUCGCUCGGUUUUUGAAAAACUGAGAGAAUUGUGUUCGUUUAGUCGGCGACUUCCCCUCGACGGCGUGUGUGCGUAUGAAAUUUGUUUUAAUAACACAAAAAAUUAAAUUCGUUUAUUUGAUUCCACAAACGGUGGAAUACACAAGUCAAUUGCGGUUACAUCUGAAGAGGAUCCAUCUCUAAAAAAAGAUUUAAUCUUUAGUGUUUACAAAAAUACCAAAAAAAGCCAAUCCAUUACAGUGUCUCUCGAUGGUAAACAAUUGAAAAACAGUGAAUGUGAUUAUACCAGAACCAGCAGAACCAUCUUCCCCGCGACUCGAAACGCAGGCGUGAAAAUUUGAAGAACACAGGAAAAACAAAAAAAAAAAAAACAAAGUAGAAAAAAGAACAUAUUCCAAGUCCAGAGGAGGGUGCGCUUUUUGAUAUUGAAUUCGUCGAAGAGAACGAAAAUCCAUCUUUUGUGGAGAAUUUAAUCCUCUACUGUGAUAUUGUGCCAAGAAAAAUAAUUUAUUGAUUUUAUUUCUCGUCCAAAAAGAAGUGGCAAGUUUUUUUUUGUAUAAUUGUUUUCUUGUUAAAAAGUGGAACGAGUUUUGUUUUUUUGUUUCAAAUAACUUCCAAAUAUCGCACAAAGAACCAUCUUUGCUCUGAAUUGGAUAUUGAAACGAACGAAACACACAUACGAACGCUAAGGUCCUAAUCUGUUCCUACAAGAAAGUGCCUUACAGAAAUAUAAACAAUGUCGACGCUAUCUUUACGUAUAAGUUUAGAAGGUGGCCGCGUAACAAAGACCAUACAGUUCCAGCCAAAUACGACAGUGUUUGAUGCAUGCAAAGUAAUUCGUGAUAAAUUUGGAGAUGCUGUACAAGGACAGCCAAGUGAAUAUGGAUUAUUUUUGUCUGACGAACAAAACCAACAAGGUGUGUGGUUGGAAGCUGGACGCACCCUUGGCUAUUACAUCUUACAUAAUUUGGAUGUGUUGGAGUAUCGCCGUAAAUUGCGAACCCUUCGUGUCCGCAUGUUGGACGGUGCCGUGAAGACGAUUUUAGUUGAUGACUCUCAACCUGUGUCACAGUUGAUGGUUGUUAUUUGUACAAAAAUUGGUAUAACCAAUCAUGAGGAAUACGGUUUGGUGCGGGAAGAGUCCGAAUCACAAAAUGAAAAUAAACCAGAAAAUACUCUUGGAACAUUAACUUUGAAGAAAAAGAAUGUCGAAAAAGAUCGUGAUGCCAAAAUGGAGAGUUUGAGGAAGAAAGUUAAAACCGAUGAUGAAAUCAAUUGGGUUGACGUUAGUAAAACUCUUCGUGAGCAAGGCAUUGAUGAAUCUGAAACGGUCUUACUGCGCCGAAAGUUCUUCUUUUCCGAUCAGAAUAUUGAUUCAAGAGAUCCCGUGCAGUUGAAUUUGUUGUACGUCCAGGCUAGAGAUGCUAUCUUAGACGGUACACAUCCAGUUACAGAAAAGAAAGCUUGUGAAUUUGCUGGUAUUCAAGUUCAUAUACAAUUUGGAGAUCAUAAUGAGAGCAAGCAUAAACCAGGAUUCUUAGAUUUAAAAGAUUUCCUGCCACAAUCAUAUGUCCGUGUUAAAGGUAUCGAGAAAAAAGUUUUCGCCGAACAUCGAAAACACAUAAACAUCACUGAAAUCGAUGCUAAAGUCUUGUAUACAAAAACAGCACGUGAACUGCCAACAUAUGGUGUUACAUUUUUCCUUGUCAAAGAAAAAAUGACUGGCAAAAAUAAACUUGUACCACGUUUGUUGGGUGUUACCAAGGAUUCUGUUUUGCGUUUGGAUGAGCGAACAAAAGAGAUUUUAGUCACUUGGCCAUUAACAACAGUCCGGAGAUGGGGUGCUUCGCCAAAUACAUUUACCCUUGAUUUCGGUGACUAUGCUGAUCAGUAUUAUUCAGUUCAAACAACAGAAGCCGAACCUAUUGUCCAACUUAUUGCCGGUUAUAUUGAUAUCAUAUUGAAGAAGAAACAAAUGAAAGAUCAUUUUGGUAUUGAGGGCGAAGAGGGUGAUACUUUGGUUGAAGAAUCUGUUGCACCUUCACAAACUCAAUUCCUUCAAUAUGAAACCAGUAAAGUGGGAAAGGUCGACACAAAAUCAAUAGCUCAACCUGGUGUUAUGCGAGCAAUUGACGGCGAAAAGCCAUAUACACAAGGUGAAAUGCAAUCUAUGCAAUAUAGUGCAUUUGGUGGGCAAGUUAAUCUUGCUCAUCAGCCGCCAACGGCUAAGGAAAUUCGUAUUAGCUCCGUGAAUUUGACCGAACCCCAAAGAGCUCUAUUAAGUUACAUCAGUGCUGGCCAAGAUAUCCUAAUUAAAGCUGAUGAGGAGCUUAGAACAAAGGCUUCGAUUCAGAAUCUUGGCUCAGACAAACGUUCUAUUGAAUGGCGUGAAAAUACUUUGGAAACCUCCAAACAAGCUGUCACGAGUCAUGUUGCUUCGAUGAAUGCAGCCACAGCACAAAUCAUCACUGCAACGCAACCAGACGAAAUUGAUACUGAGACCAUAUCUGCCUCUGUGUCACAAAUCGCUCAAACUAUUCCCGAAGUGACGAAAGAGGUGCGUUUGAUUGCAGCUCUGAUGGAAGAUGAUAAUGGUGGUGAUCGUUUGUUGGAAGCUACACGAAACUUGUGCAGUGCUUUUAGUGACUUGUUGAAGGCAGCUGAACCGGAGAACAAGGAACCACCACAGAGUUUGAUAAAUGCAGCAAGUCGCAUUGGAGAGGCGACAACUCAUGUUUUGAGUACGAUCGAAGAGGAACCUCCAGAAGACACAGAUUUGCAAGACAUGCUUCUGGCUUUGGCCAAGGCUGUUGCCAAUACAACUGCAUCACUUGUUAUGCGUGCCAAGUCUAUCGCUUCGAAUUGCGAUGACGAUGAAACUCGUAAUAAGGUCAUCGGAGCGGCGAGCCAAUGUGCUCUUGCCACAAGCCAGUUGGUUGCUUGUACUAAGGUCAUUGCUCCAACUUUGCACAAUGCAGAGUGUCGUGAUCAAAUCGAGAUGGCAGCGAGAAAUGUUGCCAGGGCUGUGAAUAAUUUGUGUGAGGUAUGCACCGAUGCGACAGACGAUCAGAAGUUGAAGGGAGACCUUCUCAAUGCCGCUAGGGAUGUAUCCCGCAGUUUGGCUGAUUUGCUGGACCACGUCAAAUUGAGUGCUCGUGAACAUGCUAACCGCUUGUCGCAGGAGAUGUCUCCAGUUGAAAGUGUCAUUAUUGGAACAGAUAUUUUGGUGUCCUCCACCGAUCCCCAGGAGAUGGUUCGCCAUGCAAAGGUAUUGGGUCAGGCAACAGCUCAAUUGAUUCAGAGCAUCAAAGGUGAAGCGGAACAACAACACGACUCAGAACUGCAGAGGCGUUUAUUGUCAGCAGCUAAGCAAUUGGCUGAUGCUACUGCGAAAUUGGUUGAAGCUGCUCGUUUGUGUGCUGGAAACCCUCAUGAUUCAGACAACCAGGAGAACUUGAGACGGGCAGCUGAAGAGCUCCGAGAGAUAACAACAACUAAAGCCAAUACCCCUGCUAUGAAGCGAGGUCUUAUUAACCGAUUGGACUACUGUUCAAAGCAGGCGGCAACAGCGGCCACUCAAUGUAUUUCUGCAGCCCAAAACGCCGUUCAACAUAGUGAUGACCAACAGACUAAGCAGUCACUUCUGCAGGACUGUAAACGAGCUGCAGACACGAUUCCUAGAUUGGUGACAUCACUUAAAACAACCAGGAGCAAUCCUGAUGAUGCCAAUGCGCAGCUGAACCUCAUUGAAGCUGCAGAACAGUUCAUCGAACCCGGGAUUCAACUAUCCAGCUCGGCUAGAGCCCUUCAACCAACUGUUAACGAUAUUCCAUCUGCACAACAGCUUUCUAAGAGCGCCUUGCAUUUGGGACAGUCGGUGCAUGAAUUGAAUUCAGCAGCACAGAGAGCUAGGGAAGCUUGUGGUGGUCAAGAGCUCGAGUCAGCUUUGGAAGCUGUAAAGAACUUACGAAAUGUUUUGGAUGACACCAGAAAUGCUGCCCAAAAUGGUUCGCUUUGUCGUCUUCCAGGUGAGACAGUUGAGAAUACUGCCCAACAGCUCAGUAAAUCAGCUAAGAACGUCGGUAUUGCUUUGAGUCAGCUUCUGUCGACAGUUUCUCAUGGACAGCGCAUGUACGCAGGUGUUGCGGGACGUGAUACAGCAUUGGCUCUUGGUGACUUCACCAAAAGUGUUCAUGGAGUUGCAGCCACCACAAAUAAUCCAUCUGUAAUCGAAUCGGCUGAUGAGGUGGUCAUCAAUUCAGUUCGACUCAUCGAAGAGGCACAGAAGACGUUACAGAAUAUUGGAGAACCUGGUGCCCUAACCCAGGCCGGACGCGAUGUCACCGCAGCGUUGUCAAAAACUCUCGAUUGUAUCCCAGGACAGCGGGAAGUAGAUAACGCAUUGAAGAACGUCAGUGAGUUAAGUGAGAUUCUUUCAAUGAACGAGUAUCCUCCCUCGACCAGGAACUACAAUACUCUACAAAGUGAGUUGAAACAUGUCGCCGAAAGUUUGAGUACUGCUGGUGGACAAAUUGUUCAUUCUUAUGCUAGUCCGGCACAGCUGGCUGAAACCAGUCAAGUUUUUGCAAACAAUUACAAAGACCUUCUAUCUGUGGCAAUGGAAAUGGCCGGACAAACGAAGGACGAAGCUGUUCGUGCACAAACAAUCGAUUGCUUGCGCAACGUUUCCACUCAGUCUUGUUCCUUACUGUUGUCUGCUAAGGAAAUCGCCGCCGACCCAGACCAGCCCAACUCGAAGAACUUGCUGAAUGCCGCUGCCAGAAGUGUUACGGAGAGCAUCAACCAGCUCGUCGAUGCCUGCAUAUCUUCUGCUCCAGGACAAAAGGAAUGUGACAAUGCUAUGAGGAACAUUGAGUCGUUGAGGGUCCUGUUAGAGUAUCCCCACGAAGCCAUAACCGAUCAGGGCUACUUUGAAUGUGUGGAAACUGCAACCGGCAAGUCGAGAAACCUUGGAUAUGCCAUUUCCGAAAUGAUCAACAACGCCAAACAAUCUAAGCAUGUUGAGUUUGGUCAGUCGGUUAACAAUGUCUCCGAAUCCAUUCAUGGUUUGAUUGAGUCCUCAGCACAGGCCGCCUACCUUAUUGGAGUGUCUCAUCCAAGCAGUGUGGCUGGGCGUCCAGGAAUUAUCGACCAGUCUCAACUCAACUAUGCCUACCAAGGAAUUGUUCAGUUUUGUGACAUUGUCAGCAGUCCAAAAUCCACAAAGCAGCAAAAAAUCUCUGCUUUAACCGGUGUAGCCAAACACACAAGCUAUUUAUGUUCGAUUUGUAGACAGGCAAGUAUGAAUACCAAUAAUCCUGUGGCCAAAAAUGAGUUCAUCGUAGGAGCCAAGCAUGUAGCUGGAGCAACAUCAAAUUUAGUGGAAGAAGUCAAGAGAAUCGAGGAUGAUCAUUCGGUGCCAUCUAGACAGAGAUUUGUUGAGCCACUUUUGGACGCAGUCAAGGCCGUUCGGCAGUACGCUUCAAGUGCAGAGUUUGUUCCUGUUCCAGCGAAGAUCUCUGCCGAAGGACGCAAGGCUCAAGAACCAGUAUUGAAUGCUGGACGUGGAGUUAUCGAUGGGGUUAUUGAAAUGGUCAAAGCGGCCAAAUCGUUGGCCCUCUCACCAGACGACCCUCCAGUUUGGCAAAAACUCUCUAUGCACAGUACACCAGUGUCGAAUAGUGUCAAGCAUCUUGUAGACAGCAUACGUGAAAAGGCACCUGGCCAAGCACAAUGCGAUCAAGUACUUCAUACUUUGGGAACGUGUACUCGUGAAUUGGACAGUUGUGGAUUAGCUGUUAAUGCCCAAGGAUUGGCACAAAGAAAGGACAACAACUUGCAAGGUUUUAGCAGUCAGACUUUGAACGCUGCUGCCGAGCUUCGCGAUAAGCUUGAACCGAUUCGAUUGGCUGGCAAGAACAACGCCGAAAAACUCGGACAUGCUGUCGGAGAGAUUUCGCGCUAUGUCGUACCGAUGGUAAAUGGAGCAAUUGGAGCCUGCACACACAUAGUCCACUCUAGCCAACAGAUGAGGUUGAUAAAUCAAACCAAGUCAGUGGUCGAAAGCGCAACUCAGCUUGUGACAGCUGCAAAGGAAUCGGCAGGAAAUCCCAGAGCCACCCAUGCUCAUCCUCUUCUAGAUGAGUCCAUUGAAAACACCCAAGAAGCUAUCCAAGAGCUCACUCAGACUGUGGAAAAGAUUUCCACCGAAAGUGGAGUUGUGACCGGACUGAUGGAGCAAGUGAAUCGCGCUAUAACUAGACUCACCGAUAAGAGACAGAGUCUGCUAAAUGCUUCCUUCAGUGACUCAUUUGUAGACUAUCAAACGAGGAUGGUACAAAGUGCGAAGGAGAUCGCUCGAUUGGCCAAUGAAAUGAACGCUAAAGCCGGAUUCGACCCUACCAAACUUCCACCACUGGGAGUCGAUAUGGCUCAGCAUUACACCCAAAUAACUCAAGAUUCUGUUGGAGCAUCCACAACCACCACAUCACCCGAAGUAGCUAUGCGCAUCAGGUCAACAGUGAUCGAUUUGGGUCGUUCAGUUGGUCAGAUUAUCCAAUCCACUGCCGGUGUACGUCCCAAUGAUCCUUCAGGCCAAAAUGACAUCUCUCGAAACGCCCGAGAUGUCUCCGAGAAGGUAGCUCAAGUGUUGGCUGCUUUGCAAGCUGGUUCCCGAGGAACACAGGCCUGUAUCAAUGCCGCCCAUACUGUUUCCGGUAUCAUUGGUGACCUCGACACAACCAUCAUGUUCGCCACUGCUGGAACUCUCCAGUCGGAUGGAGAUGGAGCUUUUGCUGAUCAUCGUGAGCAUAUUCUACAAACUGCCAAAGCUCUUGUUGAAGACACUAAAAUUCUGGUGGCUGGUGCUGCCGGAACACAAGAUCAACUAGCUACAGCUGCACAAAAUGCUGUUACAACUAUUUUACAAUUAUCAGAAGCUGUGAAACGUGGAGCAUGCUCUUUGGGAGCAGCCCAACCCGAUUCACAGGUAAUGGUUAUUAAUGCUGUCAAAGAUGUAGCAUCCGCUUUGGGCGAUUUGAUAAAUGCAACUAAACUAGCAUCUGGCAAACCCAUACACGAUCCAACAAUGGAUGGACUUAAAGAGAGUGCUAAGGUAAUGGUUUUGAAUGUUUCUUCAUUGUUGAAAACUGUUAAAGCAGUUGAGGAUGAACAUACCCGUGGUACUCGAGCAAUGGAAGCAACUGUUGAAGCCAUUUCACAAGAAAUUCGGGCAAUGCAAGCACCACCACCACCUGGUACUCCUCAAUGCACUCCAGAGGAUCUUAUUAGAGUGACAAAGAAUGUAACAUUAGCUUCGGCCAAAGCUGUUGCUGCUGGUGCUUCUAAUUUACAAGCUGAUAUAGUAGCAGCUGCAAAUUUGGGUCGACGUGCAAUAUCAGAAAUGCUUCUGGUUUGUCGCACCGUAGCCUGGAAUUGUGCUGAAACUACAGAGCUUCGUCAAAGAACACUGGAAGCCGGAGCAGCUGUGGGUGAGUCCUACAGAGAACUUCUGAAUGGAAUUCUUCGGAAUUGCUCAGCUGACGAGCGGAUGCACUUCUCUCGACGUGUUGCCAAAUGUAUUACCGAUCUUGUUGCAAUGGCUCGCCUUCUCAAGGGUUCCGAUUGGAUUGAUCCUGAAGAUCCAACUGUUAUUGCUGAAAAUGAAUUGCUUGGAGCUGCCGCUUCAAUUGAUGCUGCUGCUAAUAAAUUAGCUAACUUAAGACCCAGAAGACAACCUGAUGUUAAGAUUGAACUCGAUGAGAAUAUGAAAUUCGAUGAAAUGAUAUUGGAAGCUGCUAAGGGUAUUAUGGCAGCAUCGUCUGCUUUAGUACGAGCAGCUAAUGCUGCUCAAAGAGAGCUCAUCGAUCAGGGCAAGGUAGCUCGUACUCCACUGACAUCGUCGGAUGAUGGUCAGUGGUCUGAGGGCUUGAUAUCGGCGGCAAGGUUGGUAGCUGCUGCAACACACAGUAUGGUAGAAGCUGCCCAGAACCUUGUGCGUGGAGUUGGAACUGAAGUAAUGCUGAUAUCAACAGCAAGACAAGUUGCAGCUUCUACUGCGCAACUCUUGAUCGCCUGCAAAGUGAAAUCCAAUCCAACCUCUGAAGCUGGUCGUCGAUUACAAGCAGCUGGUACCGCAGUCAUAAAAUCCACAGAGAAUCUGGUGCGUGCAGCACAACAGGGACUCGACGCCGAAGAAGAGCAUACCUUGAAAAUAAACACAAGUAUGGUCGAUGGUAUGGCCCAGGAGAUCAAUGCCAGAUCGGAUGUGCUACGCAUGGAAAAACAACUCGAAGAAGCACGAACCAAAUUGAUUCGCAUUCGACAGGCGAGGUCAAGAAAGAAUGCCCCCGGAUUCACCACAGACGAGAGCGAUUCGGAAUACCAAACUGCAACCUAUGGCAGUCUUCAGAGCCAAAAUAAUACACUAAACCGGUCGGGUUAUACUGACACUCCAACAUCUCCGAGUUACUAUCAGACAGCCAAAUCAAGUUACACUUUCCAACAAACACCACAACACUUCCAUCAUCCGGAAGCCGUUUCGCCCACAUUUAACCAAAGUGAAAACUUCCCACCCCCACCACCUCCCCUCCAAUCUGCCACAAUAACUAGUAAUGCCACAUUUAGACCUAAUCCAAAGCUAACAGCUAAUGCAGUUCCACGUCCCUAUCCAGGGACUGGCCGAAUCAAUUCACCAUCAAGUCCAUCCCCCAUUAAUAAUAGUCAGUCUUUUGAAACUCUAACCUCUUCAUCGGUGUUGAAAAAUGCAUACCUCAAUGACUCUAUGCCACCGCCACCUUCACCCAAGAAGACUUCAGGCAAUUUAGAAGCAUGUGUCAAGGAUCUACAUGACAAGACAUUCGGACAAGGUGGUGUUGUUCAAAUAACUGGCGCCUACAAUCCUGGCCAAAAAUAUGAAGGUUAUACUUCAAGAUAUGAAACUCGAAAAUAUGAAGAAAACAACGAAUCAAAACCUUUAGAAGCCCACUUCUCUCAGAUCACCUUGAAUUCGGAUGGUGGGAAGCUCUCUUUGGUCGAUGAAGGAUCACAGCGUUUGUCAUCGAUAACACAACGCGUCAUGGAACGAAAAACCUUCACAACAACAACAGAAUCUCGGUCUGAGAAGAAGACCGAGCAGCACAGUUUUAGACUAGAAUAAAAUAUGUUGUUUCAUGGUGAAAGUGUUCGAAUUAAGUAGCAACAGAUGAUAUAAUUAUUAUUAAUUAAAACAAAAUAUUAUAAUAUAUACAAAUUUAGCUUUUAACCACAAAACUAAUAAUAACAAAAAAAAGAUAAUAUUCACCAAGUGCCAGACAAAUAGUUUCCCUUUCCCAUUUAUUUUUUAACAAAAAAAACUGUUUUCUCAACUUUCUCUUCUGUAAUCUGCAACUUU